AUGAACACAACUGAUUUUGCUCCAAUGACUGGGUCUGGAGGCGGCAGAGUUAACAACACUAGCCCAAAGGCAUCCUACGGCAACCAAAUGAUGCCCGGCCAACAAGAUAUCUUUGGGUCUGAAUUUGAGGGGUCCCACAUGGCACUGAGCCACCCGUCCGUUCCGUCGCAGCAGUUCAAUCACUAUGUCCUUCCGCUACACAAUCCCUCCCUGACGAUCGACCAUUCCUCGCCCUAUCUAAAGACGGCCAUUGACCAGGCCAAUAGUAGCACUAGUAGCACUGCUAGUAGUAGUACUAGUCAUUACCCCAAACCACCUGCUCCCCAACACACGCCUAUGUUUGGUCUUGAACAUGGCUUCCAACAAGAGCCAGCUAUGCACAUCACGCCUGCACCCAUUGUCAAAAGCCAGGCAUCGGGCUAUGAAGGCUACCCCGUCCACCUCUCGAUGGAUCAUCAUCAUAAUCCUAAUCAUAAUCAUCGGGCAACUGGAAUGCACCCUAAGCUUGGUGGAGGUGGCUAUUCUCCCAUGGCUAGCUUUCCAAACCUCACACCCAUGACAACCGGCUCAUCCGAGAUGUUUGACAAGACAAACCCAAUGUACCCUUAUAUGCAAUCCGAGGAUCUGAUCCUCGGCAGAUCCACUCCCACAGUUCAUUUUCCUAUGGAUCUAGACUACUUUCAAUCGUUUGAUGGCCAACCGAUGAUGGACAUGCAAGGCAAUCAGACAAUAUAUCCCUCUACCUUUGCCAUGGUACCCAACCUCAUCGACACCUCUCUGCCUCCUUCUCCACACGGACUUGGUUAUCCUGACACCCAAGCCUUGUUUGGCUCAACUCAAGCCCAUCUCAUUCACAAAGACAACUCUAUCCCUACCGUUCCUACUCAUGAAAUCAGUCAAUUGAGCCUCUGUCCAUCAAUCUCCCACCAAACUCCAUCAGGCAACUCUACUAACAACAAUCCCAAUCCCAAUCCCAAUAACAACGAUCAAUCCGAACCCCAGGAUGUGUCUCGUAAAUCAGCCGGUCGUCGCCCCCUUCCUCGGCGUCACACCGUCUCCACUCCUUAUAAUGCAAAGUCAAAGGAUAUGCCCAACGAUAUCAAGGAUAUCAAUCUAGAGAUACCCCAGGCAAAGUUCAGAAAGAUGCUCAAGGCCAAGCGACACCGGUCUCUGGGUAGACUUGAGUUACCGCCUUCGCCCAACCUGAGUGAAUUUGAAAAGAGACUCAUCGAAUGCUCUUCACCAUCAAUCAAUAGCCCGCUUUCGGCCGAACUCGAAUUGUUGUCGCAUGAGCAAUUACUUGAACGUGUGAUGGAACUUGAACAAGAAAAACGAGCAGUUGAUGCUAUGAAAUCUGCUGCUGAAGAUUCCAACGAAGCUAGCCGCAUGAUGACAGAUAUUCACACUGCUGAUACUGAUGACCAGGCAGAUCAAGAGGAGGAGGAGGAAGAGGAAGAAGAGAAACGACAAUGUCUGUGGGCUGAUUGUUCGCUUGAACUCAAUAACCUCGAAGCGCUCAUCAACCAUGUAAAAGAAGAGCAUAUCCGCAGCGGCAAGGCUCUUUAUUUCUGUGGCUGGAAAGACUGUUCUCGUCGACAAAAGGCAUUCACCAAGCGCCACAAGAUGCACAACCAUCUUCGUACCCACACUGGCGAAAGACCUUUUGUAUGCGUUGAACCAGACUGUGGUAAAAGAUUCUCUCGCCCUGAUUCUCUCACCACUCACGCCAAAAUCCAUUCCAACAUCCGGCCUUAUUUGUGUGGAUUCAAAGAAUGUGGCAAGGCUUACUACCACAUGAGAUCCCUGCGCAAACACGAGCGCAGCCAUGACAUAACAGACGAUCGAGCAGGAGGAUUGUCUGGUCUGGAGACAAGUCCACCAAGAGCUCUCUUUGGAGAGGCAAUGGACACAACCACCAAUUCGUCUACUACUACUACUUCUACUACCACAGCUAUCACAGCCACCAAUGGUGUUACUGGUGUUACAUCAAAUAUUUCUGAUGGACAUUUACACUCUUCUUCUGACAAUAUUUCUCGCUCAGAAUCUAUGCUUCUGGCUUGGCCCAAUGAGAGGGAGACCUUUUAA